AUGGUAGACCUUACAGUUGGUCAUGUUUCUGGUAUCAUUGCCGCUGGUAUAAAUAUACUUCAACUUUUCAUACCCACUGCCACGACAUUGAUACUAACUGGGCUGCUGAGCGAGGACAACUCGUUGGCUACAUGGACGCAAAUCGGAAGGGCAUUACAUGCAUCGCAUUGGCCAUCGCUUCUCCGCGCAGACUCCGCCAGGGCUAACUCUGUUAGCCGCGUUGUACGGCUCGAAGGCCUUUUGAGACCACUUAUUUUACUUGUGGUCAGCAUCGCUGCCGUCAUCACGCCGCUUGGUCUAUACGACUCCGUCGUGCCAGCGACGUCAUCGGUGCCGCAGCCAUUUGAAUACCAUAAAGACCCUUCGCAGUUUGGGCUUGGUACCCCAUCUCGCUCAAAUCUUGGUUUCAACCGGGAAUGUGGCAGCUUUUUACCGGUUGCCUGCCCGGGCUCGAAGACGGUUAUUCAGAGCUCGUCCAAUGGCACGUCAAUUUCCGUCAGCUUGCAGAAUUCCUAUGAUAUUGCGAUCCCUAGUAAUUUGACGGAGAUUUUUGAAAGUGGACUUAAAGAUCUACCCCCGACUAUGUCAAGCCUGUUUGACAUACAAUGGAGAUCAUAUGGUAUCAAUAUCAACGAAAACAAAAAUAAGGGGUCUCCGUAUUUGGUAGGCUCGUAUAAACAAAUGGAUAAUCUACUGUUAAAAGAUGGAUAUCUACUUGUCGAGGGGUUGGUCGUGGACAACAAGAACAACGGUAUUGGGUUUAGACACCACACCGUACCUUCGCCGCUCAAAUACGGAGGAGUCUGGUCGGAAGAUCUACUCUUCAUCCAACCCUCCACGAAAUGCAUUGACACGAAUAUCACCGUCGACUUUACUAUCCCGGACAUCAGCACCAACUCCACCAUGCAGAACGUCAAAUUAGUCGAUCACGGUGGUUUCUCUAAGCUCAACACCACAUACCCUCAGUAUGACCACGAAGAUCCCCAGAAGAAUCCCGAUCUCCACCGCAGGGCUUAUAAGGCGGCUUAUCUCCACAAUGCACUGACGAUGCUUAUUCUGAACGUGACCAACCCCAAGACUGAUGCCAUGAAAGCCUGGUCGUAUUUGGACUCCACUGAAGGAAAAGAGUUUCCAAUCGAAAUCUUCUUCAACAAUCUUCAGCCCAAUCGACUGGGAGCACACCAGGAUUGGCUCCUGUGGGAUGGUGUAGCCGCCAGUCCGACCUUCAAUAUAUCUUCGUCGUCCAAGGUCAAGUACCCAAAUCCGUUCAAGAUUACGAAAUCCAAUUUUACCACAAUUAAUACCCUCUGCCAGGGUGCUGGGAAGGAUGAUUUUGCCAAUAUUACCAAUAUUGGCGUUGCUUGCGGCCUUAUUGUUGGUGCUGCUCGGCGAGUAGACGGAUCUGCUUCUCUUAUUGCGGAGCCACGGUCCCGAUGGACUGUUCCUCUGUAUAGCUGCGCCUCAUCAGCAAGAGCUGUGAUAAAAACUGUGGAUUUCCGUUACAAUGGAACAGAUGGAUUAAGAGGCCUUUCUAUCGAUGGCGUAAAGGACAAGGUCUAUAAGCAAGACAGUGACAAACCAUUCUGGGGUGUUGAGCGCCCUGGUAUCAAACUGGGAGACAUUUCUGCCAUGUGGGGAUUGGUGUCUAACCGAUACAAAAGCAGUAAUGACCUUUCUAUUGUUCAGAAUGAUGCGCUAUGGCUCCCAGGGUUCGUCAGCCUAUCAAAAACACCAGUGGCCUCUUAUAUGAACCUACCCGGCGUCAGCUUUUAUAUGAACGCCUUUGCAUCGAUAUACACCAUGGGUAGUGAUACUCCCGACACUCUUAUGGAUUACACAGGCAAAUCAAAUCUCGCCAUGUAUGCCAGAUGGCAGGAAUUGUCAAAACAAGCAAAUACCACAUCUACUAUCAUUAAUCAAAUAUGGACCGACAUCGCUGCCAACGCUGUUUUAGGCACGAGGGGAUGGAUCAGCGCAAAGGCUGAGGAUCUUAAGAUCCUGAAACGCAAUAACGACAAACCUCGUGAAGGCCAGACCGUCAAUGUUCCCGUGAAAAUAUAUGAUCAUCGUGUCAGCUACCACAUAGUAUACGGCAUCCCCGCCUUCAUCGCCCUCCUUCUCACAACCGCAGUCGCCGCCUCAUCCGGCGUCCUCUGCAUCAUCGGCCGCGCCAGACCGGCCGUCGUACGACGUUAUCUCUUCCACACCGCACCAGGCCGGAUCUUAGGCACCUUCGUAUACCCGAACGAAGUCGACCCACAGGCUCCUACAAACGGUUGGAACGAUACCGUGGGCUCCAAAAAGGUUUCUAUGGCUGGCCCCGUGCCGUAUCCGUCGGACCCGGUGAUGAUGGCGCCGUAUUCGAAUACCUCAAGGACCAACAUGGAUUCUCCCUUACUACAGAAUAAGGAGGGCACCCCGAUCACCACGACCCAUGAAGCCCGAUGA